GAGCUCCGGACAGCGAGCAUCAUUCCCAUCGCAAGCGUCUUCCAAUCUCCUCUCGCAAAACAAACCGUGUACUUCCUGAGUUGCUUUACCAAGACCACACCGGCGAAGUUGGCUUCGCUGCGUUAGACAAUCUCCUUCGUGACCACACGUUCUCCCACACCCACCGUGCUUGGAGUUUCCGCCCACUUGGGACUUGGACCGGGAGCCAUGAUGUUCUUUAAGGGGCUGUGCCUAAGCCUCAUGAUCGCCACAGCCUUGGGCGCGGGCGCCUACGGCCGUGGAGGAGGAGGCUAUGGUGGAGGCGCUGGUGGUCACCAUGGAGGCGGUGGGGCUGGAGGAUUCGGUGGUCACCAUGGCGGUGCCGGUGGCGGAGCCGGUGGAUUUGGCGGUCACCACGGCGGUGGAGCAGGUGGCGGAGCAGGAGGCUUCGGAGGCCACCACGGAGGAGGUGCUGGUGGCGGUGCUGGAGGCUUCGGAGGCCACCACGGCGGAGGCGCGGGAGGGGCAGGAGGAGGCCUUGGCGGAGGCCUCGGCGGUGGUCUCGGAGGUGGCCACCAUGGCGGAGGAGGUGGUCUUGGUGGCGGUGGAUAUGGCGGUGCUGGAGGUGCCGGCGGCUACGGUGGUUCCCGUGGUGGUGGCGGCGGCGGAUAUGGUGGAGGAGCUGGUGGAUAUGGAGGAGGAGCUGGCGGCUACGGAGGAGGUGGUGACUACGGCCAGCCAACCCCGUACAACUUCGGCUACGACGUGAAGGACGAGUACGGUAACAGCCAGAGCCGCCAGGAGAGUGGAGACGGCAGUGGCACCGUCAAGGGCAGCUACGGCUACACCGACACCAAUGGCAUCUACCGCCAAGUCAGUUACGUUGCUGACCAGAACGGAUUUCGUGCCGUCGUCAAGACAAACGAACCGGGAGUGGGACCAGCCAGUCCCGCUGACGCCGAGUUUAUCGUCGAGCAACCACCCGCUGGCGUCGUCAGCCAGUACGCUGGAGCCCGCGGUGGAGGCGGAUACGGCGGAGGAGGCGGAUACGGCGGCGCAGGCGGAGCAGGCGGAUACGGGGGUGCGGGUGGAGCAGGUGGAUACGGAGGUGCGGGUGGAGCAGGUGGAUACGGUGGGGGGCAUCAUGGCGGCGCCGGCGGCGGCGCUGGAGGCCAUCAUGGCGGAGCCGGUGGUUACGGCGGAGGUGCGGGUGGAUACGGAGGUGGUGCCGGCAAGUUCGGCGGUGGCGCCGGAGGAUACGGAGGCGGCGCUGGUGGCGCUGGCGGAUACGGAGGCUCCGCUGGCAAAUACGGUGGGAGCUCUGGCGGAUACAGCAGCGGAGCAAGUGGCGCCGGAGGCGGCAGCGGCCCCUGGAAGUACUAGUGCCUCUUCAUAUAUCCUAACCGCGCCGCAUAGGAAGCUUUUCGACAACCUAAAGGGUGCGAUUUGUGAUCCUCGACCGGAACUGAAACACCUCUGGCGCUUUAUUUUGUGACACUUCUAGAAAAAGGGAAGAAAAAGAAAAAAAAAUACAGUACUCCCGCCCCACUAACAACACCUAUUGUUAAAACUUGUCUCCUACAAACUGAAGGAGCACGCAUCUAGUGGACAUGUUCUGGCGAAUACAAUACCAUGACAGAUGAUUCAGAGAUAUGAGAACGGUCGACCUUUCCUGAGCGCGCGGUGGGUUCCUGAACAACUAAAGCCGUUGGGCGCUAGCGCAUACUUUUGGGAGCACAAAAAAGUUGAGCGUGUUGGCGCACCGUAGGUGAUGAGCUGUGGGGCUUCAGGCUUUCACCGAUUCUCGAGGUCUUUGCACUUGUAUAUCUGUGAGUAUGGUGUGUCUCGUUCGGUGUGGAGGGGCGAGCUCUCGCUUUGUUGUACUGUGAUUGCUCAUAAUGAAUGGCAACGCAUAAGACGAUGCUUUCUACACGUCUAAGUCUUAACAGAAGCUCUCGCAAGCCUGCCCUUCGCUCGGUCGAGCUGGCUCCCGAGAAGGAAAUAAUGCUUUCCAUCGGGUCAGUUCUGGGCGUGCAGUGGGCAUGCACUGUUGUUCUUGUUUUCGGGUAACGACAGUGAGGCACGACACUGCCUUCAUCGUUGUUUGUUUGUGGGUUUGUCUUGGGCCAUUCUAUUCUAGCGUGUGUUUGGUAUAGUUUUCGGGAAGCAAGCUUUCUUUGUCCUAUUGACUCAUCACCAUGUUGUUCAUUGUGCAUUAGUGUGGCAUGGCUACUGGCUUUUAACGUGAGUGCUCUUUAUUGUGUUCAGCUUUCCUCUUGUACUUUAACAUUAGGGAAAAUGUAGAUGUGCUGUUUGUCCGUUUUGAUAAUAUUGCCUGUCGUUGUAGGCGCUUGCGCCUUUAGGCAAGGGUGCGGCAUCUGUUGUCAGUUCAAUACUCAAUGUUCUUAUACGAUACGGGGUGGGCCGCUGUAGACAGGGGAACUGCCAAACUGUGUUCUGCGUCGGUGCAUUGUAUUUUCACUUCUGUACAUGAAUGAGUGUUUUGUAAAUGAGACUUGCGACUGUCCCUCACUGCGCUGUGUGGCUGGGUCAUCUGUCUGAGUUCUUGAAUGUGUUUCUAGAACAUUGUGCAAUAAAUAUUAUUUAA